AUGAUAUCGGAUGAGAAAACGAAGGUGUCCCGCACUGGCGACUCCACCCAACACUACUACGACUCUACCCAACACUGCUACCACUUCACCCAACACUGCUUCCACUGCACCCAACACUACUGCGACUCCACCCAACACUACUACCCCUACACCCAACACUGCUACCACAACACCCAACACUACUACCACUACACCCAACACUACUACGACUCCACCCAACACUGCUACCACUACACCCAACACUGCUACCACUACAACCAACACUACUACGACUCCACACAACACUACUACCACAACAUCCAACACUACUGCGACUCCACCCAACACUACUACCCCUACACCCAACACUGCUACCACAACACCCAACACUACUACCACUACACCCAAUACUACUACCACUACACCCAACACUGCUACCACUACACCCAACACUGCUACCACUACACCCAACACUGCUACCACUACAACCAACACUACUACGACUCCACACAACACUACUACCACUACACCCAACACUACUACGACUCCACCCAACACUGCUACCACUACACCCAACACUGCUACCACUACACCCAACACUGCUACCACUACACCCAACACUUCUACGACUCCACCCAACACUGCUACCACUACACCCAACACUACUACGACUCCACCCAACACUGCUACCACUACACCCAACACUACUACGACUCCACCUAA